AUGUCAUGCAGUCAAAAGCCCCCAGCAAAAGAACAGACCUUCCCAGCAGGCUUUGGCUGCUGCCAAAGAAUAUAUCCUAGAAAGCGUGCCCUUCAGGAGUUUGUUUUGGUGAUCCUGCUCCUGGUCUUUACAUUUCCCAUUACGCAGGACUACGAAUGGCUCGAAUAUUUUGCGGGCACUGGAAACCUGACCCGUGUCAUGGCUUCAUCCCAGUACAAGGCAGCCCGUUUUGACGUGAUGGACCACAAACAAGAACCUCGCGAGCGGUCCAACUUUAUGGAUUUGACUCAUGCCUCAGGAUUUGCGCUGGCAACAUUAUAUUUGCUUCGUGGGAUGGCUGACAACUUCGGGGCUCACUUUGGGAUGAAGUGUUCAUCCUUUUGCAAAGUGAAUGUGGGCACUAGCGCGCGUAGUCCAUGCUCUGCUUUAGGCUUUGAAGAGUAUCCAUCGGUGCAGCUGGGUAACAUGCUCCUAGAGAGGAGCUGUUGCCUGAUAUUGUUGACCACGUGUCUGGGAGGUGUUUGGAGCCUAGAGCAACCAUCAGGGUCAUUGGCAGAGUUCUACCCGGCUUUCAGAGAGACAAUUCGAAGGAUCUUUGACGCCGGAGGCCCGAGUGCUGUCCACCAAGUUAGUUGGUGGAUGGGACACUACAAGUCGAGAACCCCAAAGAGACACUGGGCUUAUUGCAACUCAGUACGAAUCCACAAGUUGAACAAGGGCGUGCUCCAGGGCUGGAAGAAGAAGAAGGGGGACAAAAAGGUCGUCACUGCCGAGAAAUACGUAGACCGCGAAGGACGCAAGAGGUGGAAAGGAACACCCGCACUCAAGGGUACAGAGGUCUAUCCUGUGCCCUUUGCGCGGGAGUUCUGCGACAUGUUGGAAGACCUCAAGGUGACGUGCAAGGGGCAGCCCCAGCUUCCUGAUCCGGUUCCUUCAGCCGUAUCGUCCUUUGAACAACUUGAGUGGGCUGACAAAAGUGUUUGGAGGUAUCUCCGAUUGGAAAGUGUCUACAAUUAUUUGCGACGUCACAAAAGGUUGACGAUCCCUGUAGAGUGGCGAGGCUUAAUGCCAAAGAGACUUCAUGAGGUUUCCGAGGGGUGA